AUGUCAAUUUUGGGAAAAUUUGCUACAAGUCCAAAAAAAAGGAGUGAGUUGCCAAAGGACUAUGCUGAUUAAAUUCUUAAGAAUGACAUUACUUUAAUGAUGAGCAAAUAUACCGACAGCAUUGCAUUAAAUAAUCUUAUUUAACUAUAUAUGAAAGGAGUUGAAUAUUAUGAAGCACAAAAAGAUUAAUAAGGUGAAUAUUUUAAAAGUAAAUUAAAUUGGUUAAUGAGUCAUCCUUCAAUAAUAUCACCUAAGAAAAAGGAAGAAGACACACUUUAAAAAUAAACAACAAAAAAGCUAGAUUUUAAAGUGCAUUCCAUUAUCGAUACUUAAUAACAUUACGAUAACAAUAUUCAAUAAUUUGAAAUUCCAUAAGAAAAGUAAGAAGUUUAAAAAAAUAACUUAAUAACUAAUUAAACAAAUGAGGUUAGAUAAAUGAUUGAUAAUUUAAAGAAAGAAACAUCCAAAAUUAAUGAAGUAAUAAGUCAAUUACACUAGAUAAUAUAAAAUGAUCUCAAUUCUCAAAAAAAUAAAAUUGCUGAUAGAAUACAUAAAAGAAGUAAAAGCUUUGUAAAUAAAAACAAAUUUGAAUAAGAGGAAUGCAUUGAAUGA